UGACUUUAGUAGGGUCGCGUAUUUCAGCCCCGUCAGGUUAGCGGACAUUGAUGGUAGGAUUUAAGUAGCAUACUUUUUUAGUAUAAUAAUCCUUACGCGCACCUACAGAAAAAUUAGGGAAAUUCGCGUUUCGGAUAAUCGUGGUGAGAGUGUUCCGUAAUUUCAAUGAUUAUUAAAAACUGUUGAUUUCAAGAACAGAUUACCGUUUUACCACUUACAAGUGCGUCAAAAAGUAUACAAUAUAAUUAAUCUCAUUACCGGAGUCAACUCCAUUGAGGCUUUCAUUGUUGGCUGCCAGAUUCCAAUAACUAAAUUGAUUUUCAUCACGGUUAAUUAAAUUCGAAUCGUUCCAUAUAAAUAUUGAUACCUAUGACAUUUCGAAAUCCUAUAUUAAACAGAAUACGUACAGCCAAUACUGCAAGCAAUUUCAGAAUCAUUAAUUAAUGGAUCGAAAAUGCUUUUAUAUCACGUAAAAUGUGGUUGUACUAUCAUUGUUUUAUGUGCAUCGAACAGUCGUUACGUGGUUUUCUCAAACUUGCAGUAACCAGUGCUUAACCCGAGUAUAAAACAUCAAGAUUCUCGUUCAUCAUUUUUGACUAUCAUAUGCCUGUCAUCCCAUGAUUUUCACAUAUAUACAUCAGCAGAACAGCCAUGAGUUGAGUGCUUGCUGAGAUACUUGAUAACGAACCGUACAGUCAGUUACUCGACAAGCUUUGAAGACCCCAAUCAAUAAAGUCGAUAUGAUAGCAGCUAUACAUCAACAACUUAUUUUUAAUCAUACUGGUACGAAAAGAACAAUUUUUCACACGCAUUGUGAAAUAAGCAACAUAUGAGAACGAGCUGGAGCAGUUCCAACAGAUCCAAAUGAGAUUUGAAUCUAGAGGAGAAUAAUGAGGAGUGCAAUCUUGAACGCGAUCCUGGUGCCGAUGGUGCUGACGACAUUUUGGCUGAUCCAAUUAGUUCAGGCUGGUUAUAGUUGCAAGGAAGCGAAACUCUGUUGCUCCGGCAGAGACUCGGCGUGUGUUGUCCAGAAGACAUCUCCCUAUGCGAUUAUUGAAGGUCCUCAGGAUAAGCCUUGCUACUGCGAUCACGCAUGCUUAAAGUUGGGAGACUGUUGCAACGAUUUUAAAGAAACAUGUGGAGUUGUCGAUUGCACGGUAUCAACAUGGGGCUCAUGGUCGACCUGCGAUAGGAAGUGCGGCCCAGGUACGCAAACUAGAUCUCGGACCAUCCUGAAUUCCGAUAAACAUGGAGGAAAGCACUGUCCGCAGCUUGAGGAGAGCAGGAUUUGCCACAGCAGCGACGAUUGUCAACGACGAAAUUACAGCAUUCCACAGAAAGAAAUCGCUUUGUUAGUACCAAAAAAUUUGGACGGUUCGGAAGACAGUGACGACGGAAAUACGAUUUCGAACGGGUACUGCGUCUCGUUCAAGGUUAUCAAAGCCACGAAGGCUUGCCGUAAGGAUCCAACUCUGGCGACGCUGAGCGAAGAAUUAACAGUCAACCACCUAAACCUAAACGCAGCAAAGGAUGUCCGCGGUGAAAGUGGUCAGAUCUGACUCGUUUCAUUAGCGUUAGUAAAGCGACCGCAAGCGGUUAUCUCAUUCCCACUGCCGGUUGGAGACAGUAUUUCCGCGUCGCAAAAAUGUGGAUUAGUAAAUGCUCGUUUGGCGUACAAGAUAAACAGACAUAUUUUUUGGCGGAUACUCUGUGUAUCGUGGAAAGACAAAAAAAUGAAAUGAAGUAUCGUGUACAACUGACAUUUUCAUUACCACCACCAAAAUGACCAGUAUGUUUGUUUAAGAUAAACCACAAUGAUUGUCCGUAGCUGUUCAUGAAAAAAUAAUUCUUACAGAACUCCGAUUCUGUAAUCAUCUACAUAUUAUAACCAGAGCUAACUAUUGUGAAACUUACAAUAACAUGUGGCUGCUAUACCAUUUUUUACUGAAAAAUCGUUGCAGUAUUGUCUACAAUUUUGUGAAAAAUCUUUGUGGCAUUUUCAAGUUGUGCUGUGUUCUGUACAGCGAUAUUAUCAAAAACUGCACUAUUAAAAAAAAAAAAUUACAAACAGCUAGUUACAACGGAAAAAACAGUAAUCAGCUAGCGAAAAGUACAAAUAUGACAUCAUCGAUUCAACGUGUUACUUAAUGUAUAAGAAACUCGAAUGAUGAGGGCUAAUGUAAUUCCAAUUAGUAAUAAUUACUAUUCUUAUUACAUUUUGUCAUAAACUACGAAGUUUCGGGAAGAAGUUGCAGUAACACCGAUCGUUGACGUAUCAAGCAAAUUUAAUGGUAGAACGUGCAAUAUUUCAGCUGUAAUUUUCCAACGGGCUGAUGUAAUAGCGACAUUAGAAUAACCUUUGCUGUAUUUACGGCAUUUUGUAAUGACUAAUAUAAUAGAAGUUACUAUAGCCGUGCCGUAAUUUUGGAACUAGAAAUUUAUAGUGCUUGCAGAAAAUAUAUCACUAUCACUGA